GAUGAAUAAUCAAUGUUUAGUUUCCCGCCAAAUUGUGCAUAGUACUUUUUGUGAUAAUAACGUUUAUGUGCGUUUUAUUUUUGACAUUAUAUACGUAAAAUCUUCGUUUAUUCUUAAAAAAAAAAAUACUACAUACUCAGUGGGCAAUAAAUCAACGACAUGAAUCGUAACAUUUUAAAUGACGAAGAAUUAUUGGAACUUCUUUAUAAUACUAAUUGGUCGGAUAGUGAAGAUGGUUUGGAUGUUUCUGACAACGAACAAGACCAUCAUGUUUUAAAUAUUCACGAAAAUGUUGGUAUUCCUACUUAUGACAAUGAUGAAGGUAAUUUGGAUUUAUUGGAUUUGCCAAUUGAAAUACAAUGUAACUCUGGGGAAACAAUACAUUUACCUUCUGUUUCUACAUCAAAUUUAACUAAUCAAAAUCAAUUCAACGUUGUAAAUUCAACACCAAGGCGCAGUGUAAGACAUGUAUCUACCUCCCCAUUAGUGAAUAAUUCAAGAGCUAGUACCAAUGAAUCAUCAAAUCCAAAACAAACAGAUACACAAGGAUAUGCGUAUCGUUUUGAGAUUUACUCCGGCCAAGAAAACAAUUCGAUAUUUCGACACCCCGAUGAACCAGAUUUCGGAGCUUCGUCAAAUGUAGUGGUAAGAUUAUCAAGAAAUGUUCCGGUCAACAAAAACCAUAUAAUGUAUUUUGAUAAUUAUUACACUGCUAUUCCAGUGAUGGAAUUUUUAUACAAAAAAAAUAUAUAUAGUUUAGGAACAGUCAGAAUAAAUCGUCUUCCUAACUGCCCUUUACCAGACAAAAAUGGCGAAAAAAAAAUGAAAAGAGGAGAAUCUAUAGAGUAUAUCACAUCAUAUGAGUCCACGCCUAUUUCUGCAGUUACAUGGAAAGAUAACAAAGCGGUUAAGCUAUUAUCGACAUACUGCGGAGAAAAUCCGAAAUCGAAAAUGACCCGAUUUGAUCGAUCUAAAAAGACUAAUACAGAAAUCGACUGCCCAAUGCUUAUAAGUGAAUAUAAUAAACAUAUGGGUGGAGUCGAUUUGUUAGAUAGCCAUAUAGGAAGAUAUAAAAUACGGUUCCGCAGUCGCAAAUGGUAUAUGCGCUUAUUUUACCAUUUAAUUGACCUUUCUGUUGUAAACUCGUGGUUGCUCUUCAAACGAGUAAAAGAGCAACAAAAUGAAAAACCAGAAAUUGAAUUACCGGAUUGGAGAAAACAACUGGCUUGCGGUUUGGUAAAAUCUGGGCAAAUAAGAGUAAGUGGACGUGGACGACCAACAACAUCAUUGGAAGUAAAAAUUGCUAGCACUAGGCCACAGUCAUUUCGCCCCACAAAAGAUGUGCGUACUGAUAAAACUGACCACUGGCCACAAUUUUCUGACAAACGGGAGAGAUGCAAAAUGCCGUCGUGUAAAGGUUUCACUUACAUAAAAUGUUCGAAAUGCACAAUAUAUUUAUGUUUGAACCGCAAUAAUAAUUGUUUCACUAAUUAUCAUAAUAUGUAACUAUAUUAUGUUUUUAUUAUAAUAUUAAUGCCCACUGUUGCAUAAAUGCUACAAGUUAUAAAGUUUAAGUUAAAAUAAAAAGUUAUGAAUUUA